GGUGGCUAACAUGCUAACUUUUCCUUCACGUUACCGUGAGAUGCAGCCGGAGUUCAGCAGCAGAGCCUGCAUGUGAGGAUAAACGUGUUUAAGUGGACUCUGUUUAAACUUUCGGGAUGUUUCACCUCAGACUCAUCUCCUGUUAGCCAAGAAUGCUAAAGGAAGUUAGCUUGUUAGCAGGAAGUAGCCGGAGCCGGAGCUCGGCCUCACAGUCGGAGCAGCUUCCAUAGAGACCAAACUGUAUUUUUCACGGAGCCCAAAUGUCCAAAUGUCCAGAUAGAGCUGUCUGAAUAGACUCUGUGCUGUUCCCUUUAUCUGAACAUGUUUAACAUCUGAAUUAUCUCCCGGUGUCCUACGAAGCUAAUGCAGUUAGCUUAGCUUGCUAGCUGGAAACAGUCUGGAGGAAAAGCUGCUGUGAAUUAGUAAAAAUGUCUAAAGUGGAGAACGAGGAGGAACUUUGUGGACAACGCAAACUACUGGACGCUGUUUUCAAGCCUGCAGCAGACGUCCAGCUGCUGUUGGUGAGGAGAGAAGAAGUUCCCCCUGAGCAGCAGGAGCGGAGCCCCAGUCUGGACCAGGAGGACCCACCAGGGCCCCCACACAUGAAAGAGGAAUGGAGCCCCAGUCUGGACCAGGAAGACCCACCAGAGACCCCACACAUUAAAGAGGAGUGGAGCCCCAGUCUGGACCAGGAGGACCCACCAGAGACCCCACACAUUAAAGAGGAGUGGAGCCCCAGGCUGGACCAGGAGGACCCACCCGAGCCGCCACACAUUAAAGUAGAGUGGAGUCCAAGUCUAGACCAAGAGGACCUCUGGACCAGUCAGGAGGAAGAGCAGAUUCGAUUGCUGAAGGAGGCUGAUACCACCAAGUUCACAUUCACUCCUGUCCCUGUGAAGAGUGAAGAAGACGAUGAAGAGAAACCUCAGUCCUCACAGCUUCAUCAAAGACUAACUGAACAGGAGAAAACAGAAUCUGAUGGAGAGGACUGUGGAGGACUAGAACCAACUGAUCCAAAUAGACAUUUACAACCAGCUACUCCUGACAAGAUAUCCCACUCUGAACCUGAGACUGAUGACAGUUGUGAUUGGGAGGAGACCAGGGACUCUCAGUCUGGUUUAAACUCUCUGCAAAACAUUGAAGUAUCUGUAAGUGGUCAGGAAUGUAAUACCGGAGAAACAUCAAGUAGCUCCUCUAAAUUUGCUACAAGCCUUGACCACAAUGGACAUCUGCAGGAAACCAAUGAAAUCCUAACAGAAAAGAAACCUUUCAGUUGUUCUGUGUGUGGUAAAGGAUUUGCACAAAGCUCAACUUUGACCAAACACACAAGAGUCCAUGCAGGAGAAAAUCCUUUCACAUGUUCAGUCUGUAAAACAAGUUUCCGUCUCAGAGGCAAUUUGUCCAAACACAUGAGGAUCCAUACUGGCGAGAAACCUUUUAGUUGUUCAGUUUGUAGUAAAACAUUUGGACAAAAGGAUCAUCUAAGACGGCACAUGGGAACCCACACAGGGGAGAAACCAUUUAGUUGCUCUGUCUGUGGUAAAACAUUUGCACAAAGGUCAGCUUUGACUAUACAUUUGAAAGUUCAUACAGGAGAAAAACCUUUCCCAUGCCCAGUUUGUAAAACAAGUUUCAGUCUCAGAGGCAAUUUGUCCAAACACAUGAGAAUCCAUACUGGCGAGAAACCUUUUAGUUGUUUGGUUUGUGGUACAGGCUUUGCACAAAAGGAAAUUCUGAGAGCACACAUGAGAACCCACACAGGGGAGAAACCUUUUACUUGUUCUGUUUGUGGUAAAACAUUUGCACAAAGGUCAGCUUUGACCACACAUUUGAAGGUUCAUACAGAAGAAAAACCUUUCACAUGCUCCAUUUGUAAAACAGGUUUCCGUCGCAGAAGCUGUUUGUCCGCACACAUGAGUAUCCACACUGGAGAAAAACCGUUUAGUUGUUCAAUUUGUGGUAAAACCUUUGGACAAAAGGGAAAUCUGAGACGACACGCAAGAAUCCACACUGGUGAGAAACCAUUUAGUUGCUCUGUCUGUGGUAAAACAUUUGGUGAAAAGGUUCCUCUGAAACGACACAUGAGCAUCCACAGAAGGGAGAAACCAAGUAGUUGCAUUGUUUGUGAUAAAAGAUUUACUCAGCUAACUCACAUCAACAACCACAAUUGUGCUGGUGAGAGCAGUGGAGGUAAAUGAAGCUGUAGAGAUGCUUGCUGAGCUGAUUCCUAAGUACUGUGGGCAAGAUUUGGCUCAACACUGAUCAGUUCAAAACUGAUAAUUGGACAGCUGUUGUAGUCAAGACCAACACCAGAGUGUAGUGAUACUGAGGCAAGACCAAGACCAGUGCCCUACACUACAUGACACACAGUAAAAUGUGAAACAUGAUCAAAGGCAUUUCUCUAAUUUAUCGGAAAGAUCCACAUUCCCACAAAAACACCCACACACAAACACUAAGAGCUGAAAUCAACCUGACCAUCUUUAUUUAACACUCCUUUUCCAUUUUCUACCCUCCACCUAAUGCAAAACAAGUUUUUGUGCAAGUUUCUGUUUCACUCUUGUCUUCCAUAUUUGAUCCUCAAUAUUUAAUCUGCAACUGUGUAUUCACACUCACAACAUGCCAUGUGUUUAUAGCCAUAUUUAAUAUGUAAAUUCCUCAUAGAAGUGGAGGCGCACUACUUGGGCUUCACAGUCUGUUGUCACAUCUUUAGUCUAGUGCCAUGGUGUGUAGUUUUAAUGUUUGGAGCUGUAUGCAGCUGACAUUACCUAAGAUUGAUGUAACAUUAGCUACAUAGCUUUAUGUGGCCUGUCUCAACGUUGUAUGUCCUGUCCCCUCAAUUUCUCAAAGUUAACACUACUUUAGCUACUUCCCUCAAUAUGUUAUCCUGUUGAAUCCCUGCAAUUAGGUAGCUUGUGUGCCUGGCUGGGUGGCAAAUAAUUGGCAAGCAACUGAAAUUAGUGCCCUGAAACAUCAGUAUAUACAUAGCCAAGCUUGCUAGCUUUGCUAACGUCACUAACACAUUGCUUACCUUUUAUAUUAUGCUUCCUUUCUAAGAGGCAUUCAAACUUUAACGUGAUCCCAGCUGUAUCCGUAAGUCUUGCAGCGCAGAAUAUACAGAUAGCUUCUGGCUGUUGUUUCACAGAUUAAUUCUUUAUGGUUUAGGUAGCCAAAUAUUAUUACCAUGAUUUUGUUGAUAUAUCCUUCUGUCCCCAGACAGCCACAGCCACAUUGACUUUCUAGCAGUAUGUGUGUGUGGCGGGGGCCUUCACAUUAUUUGUUGCAUUUGAAGCAAUAUAUUUUACAUCAAUUUAAAGUAAGGAUCUUAACAAAACCCACAAUGCACAGGCAAUUUAUUGAUAUUCCCACAGUUGUGGUUUUGACUUUGUGUUGAAAUUAAAUCCUCAAUGUUUGACCAUGCGGUUGAUUCCGAAGACGAGACAGAUGUCUAAAACUACAACACUACUGCCAGCUAACAACAAGCACACCAAGCGACUUUCUUCCUUUAUGGACUGGUAACGUAACUGGGCAUUGUUGGCUUUAUAUAGCUCAGUUGUAACGUAAAUUGGCUAAAAGCACAGCACUGUAUAGGUUUUGUAAAUGUACCUUGACCUGUUUUUCUUGAAGGUUUUAUUGUUGUGACUUUUUCAUUGUUAACGUUGAGAUUAUUAUGUAACCAUAGUUCUCAGCUAAAUUGUUAAAGAAAUGUUACGCUUCACACAGACACAGUCUUCGCUAACUAACUCCUUUUAACUUGGCACCGUUAACCAUCACGCAGAUCACAUACAUAAAACUCUAUUCGGCCUUAAACAACCACACAUGCAGAGAGGAACUCAGGCCCCAUCCACACCACUCCGGUUUAGUUUACAGAGUUUUAAAAUAAACACUAUCUCCGUCCACACAAGCGUUUUAGCUGCGUAUCAGAGUUGAUCUCCGUCUACAUUAAAACACACGUCUAGUGGCCGUUUACUUACACUGGGCAUGUGCGUGCCGGUGUAAACAUGAAGCAGAUGGUCUGUUCUGUAGUUAGAGAAGAUUUGGCGAAAGAAUAAAGAAAUGCAGACGAAGAAUCAGACCAGAUUUUUUUAUCAUGCACCAAUAACGAGCUGAAUGUAACACGGGAGUGUGGAGUCGUUGCAAAGUAAACGGCAACUUGCAGUAGCCUAGCAGGCAGAUUGGCCUAAGUGUUAUUUGCAUGCUACAGAAUAUUUUAAGUCAAAAACUCUGUGAAUAGCAUCGUGUUUCUGCUUUGCAUGUGUUAUAUCAGAGAGCCAAGCGGCUGCAUCAUCGUUUCUAAAGUCCUCCGUUUUUGCCCGUCUUCACUAAAACACCCUCCGGAGUUUAGAAACGCAAAACGGGGUCGCCAGCAUUUCCAAACUUCUCCGCUUUAGGUCUUUUUUUUCGCUGUUUUAGUCUGGACGGGAGGUUCAAACGUAGAAAAAGGUCUCUGUUUUAAUUUGAAAACGCAGUAGUGUGGAUGGGGCCUCAAAGUUCCUGCUGCACAUACCUUCUUUGUUCUACCACAUAUAGCGCUCAACCAUGCACGCAACGAUCUUUGUCUUCAUGUAGCCUUAGUUUGGUGCAUUUUUAGUUAGUUAAUCUUGUGUGUUUUGCUUUUUUUCAUCUGUUUAAAUAAAUGCUUGUGUAAAUGCA